AAUAAUUUUGUAAAACCUGUGUGGACUUUAUUUGACUAUAUUUCAUAUCGUUUAAAUACUUUGACGUUAAUAGUAAAAUGACAGUUUCGACAGAAACUUUGCUAAAGGGAUGACUGCCCCUUUAAGAGCGGCGACCAGCUGCUCAGCGCCCAAUCGCGGCGCGUAAACUGAACUUUGUUGUUGUCAGCAACUAAGAGCUAACUGUUAGCUAGCGUUAGCCGGACACCGAGCUAAAGAGGCAAUAUCUUGCACCCCAUUCGUCCUAAUAACGGAGGAAAGCACGGUAACAUUUAGCUUGGACAGCUACGAACGUAAACAAGUCGCUUCCAUCAGGAUUUCGCCUCCGAUAUCAACAAAAAUGACAUCUGCGCUGUUCACAGCGGUGUGGUGAACAGUUUGUCUUUCCACCCAGCUGGUAAUUUCCUAAUCACUGCAUCCAGCGAUUCCACAAUGAAAGUCCUGGAUCUCGUAGAGGGCAAGCUGCUGUAUACACUGCACGGUCACCAGGGUCCAGUCACCUGUGUGGCCUUCUCUAGAACAGGGGAGUACUUUUCCUCUGGAGGCUCUGAUGAACAGGUAAUGGUGUGGAAGAGCAACUUUGACUGUGUUGAGUUCAGUGAUGGCGUCAGACUGCAACAUAAAACUGCUUCCAGUUCACAGACACCAACGGCUACUUCCACAACUCACUUCCCCCUUAAUUCGCAUACAUCUGUGUUACGUAGCAAGACCUCUGAUCCAGCUCAGCAUUUUAAAAGGCAGGACUCUCAAACUGCUGCCCACACUCAGAGCUACAGACAGAUUGGCAUCCAGAGCAGAGCAUCUCAUUCCCAUGCCAAUGGAAGCCUCAGCAUCAGUUCCUCCACUGCCCAUCAGACACAAACACAGAGUUUACCGCAGCAUUCACCCCAGGGUCAAGCACAGUCCCAUGCUUCAGAUGGAGGGGUCCCACCUGGUCUAGCCAACACCCUGGAACACAUUAUAGGCCAACUGGAUAUUCUCACUCAGACGGUUUCGAUCUUGGAGCAGCGGCUGACGCUGACGGAGGAUAAGCUCAAGGAGUGUUUGGAGAACCAAAUGGAAAUCGGUCUACAUCUCCAGAGAAGCGAGGAGGCUUAACGUUAGUGGUACCAGAGACACAUUGAUCUGUGUUGUUGGAGGGGGGAAGUGUGGUUGCAUCAACACCAUACACCGUUGCCAUUUGAUCACACUGAAAGCAAGGACUGAACCUUAAAUGCACACUGAGCCUUCCCGCUGAUGUACUGUGUCUGGCUGUGUUGAAAAGAGAUAUGAGAAGUGAAGGGGUUGAAUAUUAGAAAAGUUUCAGUACAGCAGUGCUGAGCAUGCAGUCGCUUUCCUGCUGACAAAAAGACCCCACUUUACCACUGUGACACACUGUGUGCGAUUGAGCGUAAUGGCUGCCUGUACAGGUGUUGACACUUGUGCACAGUGUGUAUGUUUUUACCCAGUCUAUACUGUGCAGGAGGCCAUUAGCCACUGGGGUUUGUUUUUUUUCACUGAAAAGUGCAUAUUUGUGUAACCAUCAGUCAUAUUUGUCAUUUUUGAAAGGAAGGAUAUGGCUCAAUGAUCCUGUUGCGUUAAGACAGUUACUCAAGACGUUUGUUCUCUGGUAACGUUUACAGAGCCCCCACAGUGCCUUUAUUUAGUUUAAGGUGAGAGAAUGUUUCCAGCUGACAAGCUUGAGGCCAUUUUUAUUACUAUUUCUAUUUUAAUUACACAAUGCAUCUGGUGAUAGGUUUUGUUUUUUGUUUUUUUUACUGAAAUUACCAUUCUUUAGUGCCUCCAGCAAGUACUGAAAGAUAACAGGUUGUUGAUUUUCAUGGUGACUAUAAAUGAUGCCAGACCUCAUAUUUUAUGUUAAAGUAAUGCUGCUUUUUACAUUGGUUCUUUUUGUUCUGUCAAUAAAACUUUUAUCCACUGAAAACAGACUUUUAAUAAAUGUUUUCACUUCUCAAGUGUGGCGUGAAAGCCAAAGUUAGGUGAUGAAAUAUUUCUGGUUCCCUUUUCGUUAUAAUGAGUACCAUUUUUAUAGCUUUGUAGAAAAAAAAAAAUGUAACAGGCUAUUACUAAGAGACUGGUCAUUUUCUCGUUGGGAGAGCUAAAGUUACUGCCAGAGAAGUCAUGACUUCCCUGUCUUUGUUGUGCUGAACAGAAAUGUGAGGAUCAUGAGCUGUGAGCGGUGUCAUCCAUUGCUCAUGGCGAGUAAUUAUCAACCCGUUCUUUACCACAGUUUGAGCGAUGAUUAAUUUUUUUUAAAGUAUGGGGGUGAAUGCUCCUUCCCCGCUUGUGUCCAAAAUUCUUCGGUUCCCCCCCCCCGAGUAUUUUACGUAACCUGAGCGCUGAUGCUGGAUCAGUAUUUUUAUUUUUAGAUGCUUCAUUG